AUUAUGAAUAGACAAUAGUAGGAAGCUGCUCAAAUUUGUAUGAUUGUAUAAUUGAGAGGUUAGUGCUUAAACGAGUUCGUGAUGCUUUGUAGGCAAGGGGAUCGAAGACAAUUAGACAGUUGGGUGUUUGUUUCAGAUGUCUUGAUUCAUAUGAUGGAAAUAGAAAAUUGGAUAAAAAUGAAUUGAAGGUGGGUCUGGCUGAAAAUGGGGUUUAGUUGUCUUGGAAUGAAGUCGAUGUAAUGAUAUCGAGUCAUUGUAGAUCUUAUUCGCAGCCAUGGACAGAGAUAGGAGUGGAACCAUUGAUUUUGAUGAAUUCUUAGUGUCCAUCAGAGUAAGGAAAAUUGGUAUUUUAGGGGUAAUUGAAUCCAACUAGAAAAGCUAUUGUAGAUCAGGCUUUCAGAAAAUUUGAUAAAACAGGGGAUGGAUACAUUACAGCAGAUGAUCUGAAGUGAGAAUUUAGAAUAUAUUUUAGGGGUGUUUACAAUACCAAAAUGCAUCCGAAAGUGAAGAACGGACAGAUGACAGAGACUCAGGUGUUCGAGGAGUUCCUUGUGAAUUUUGGAGAUGUGGAUAAGAAUGGAUAAUUGACAUAUUAGGAGUGGUGUGAUUAUUAUGCUGCAGUGUCAGCUUCAGUGGACAAUGACGAACAUUUUGUGUUGUUAAUGAAAAUGGCUUGGAAAAUAUGACAC